CCUCAUGUUUCUCUCUUGCCACAGAUGACAGAAGCAGCAGCAGUCUCUGCCCCGGCUCCCUCUGCUCCUGGAGAAGAAGCCAAAGAGGAGCAAAAGGAGCAAGACGACCACAAGCCUGCAGCUGUGGUCACAGCAGAGCCUGAUGCUUCCAAGAGAAUGACAGAAGCAGCAGCAGUCUCUGCCCCGGUUCCCUCUGCUCCUGGAGAAGAAGCCAAAGAGGAGCAAAAGGAGCAAGACGACCACAAGCCUGCAGCUGUGGUCACAGCAGAGCCUGAUGCUUCCAAGAGAAUCCUUCCAGAGAAAGAGCAGGAACAGAUUGUGUUAUCAGAGAUGCCAUGCCAGACUCAGGGAGAGCUGAGAGCCCGAGAGCAGGAAGAGCAGCUCAGGCAGCGGGUGGAAGAGCCACAGGAGAAUGGCCAGAAUAUCAAGGCAGAGCCACAAGCAGAGCUGCCCGAAGCUCAGAGUGCCAUCACAGAAGUGAAGAAGAGGAACCAGGAAGACACGAGAAGAAUUCAAGAGGAGAUGAAUCUCCAUCAGCAGAGGGGCGAUCAACAAAACCAGGUGAGUGAAAGAGUGGCAGCCACUCCACUCAUGAAACAUCCUCUCUCUUGUAUUUUAGAGAACUUGAAGGAACAGCUGGACACAGACUUUCAGAAAGCUCACGCUAAGAUCAAGGCAAGGGAGAAGAGGCAGGAGGAAGAAAUGAAAAUCAUCAGAGAAAAAUUUAAUCCCCUCCCUCAGGCUCUACAAAAGCAAGUGAGUGAAAGAGGGAUAGCCACUGCAGUCACCAAACUGGUGGUUUCUGCCCUUCUGGCCUUCCCAGUGCAGAGCAGCAGGGAGCGGGGUGAUGCCUCUGAGUGCCAUCCUGCUCUAGUGUGUAUCACAGUCACUCGGAAGGACAUUUCCUGGUGUGCUGAAUCUCAGCUGCUGCCCUGGACAGUGGGACUUGUCCUUUGGCCUUUUGGCCAGCAGUCAUCCAAAUUGAUUCCUGCUGGCCUGUUCCUGCUCUCCUUGUUUCUUGAGGUGUUUUUACAGGGGAAUAUGGUGACCCAGAUGGAGGAUUGAAACAAGCUGUCUGUAUCCCUUGUAAAUCUGUUCUUUCCUCACAGUCAGUGACUCUUGACUGACAGGGACAAGCUGUAGUCUCUGACUGCUUUGUUCUGUUUGACUCGAGGUGCAAGUGUUGACAUCUCACC